CAACUUUCAUCGUCUACAAGUCAACAACUACACUCUUAGCGUAAUCGCUUCUGUAUUUGUCCGAGUUCUGCUACACUGCGCACUACGACAACACUCUACAGUUUGUACUUUUUAUCAUCACAGUAACAAUAAUAUUAUACUAUAUUGCGGAUCGGCCCCGUUAUUAGGUUUUGUGACAGUGUCACAGUGAGAAUUUCGUAGUUGAAUGUCAAUCGCUUCUCGCAUCUCGUUGGGCGAAUAAUAAUUUUCAAUUUCAGAAAUUCAGAAAUUCACUACUACCGUGACUACAAGGAAUGAUAUGAUGCUUGACCAAGAAAAUCAGCCUAAUCUUCCAAAUGGAACAGAAUCGUCAAACAGUUCAUUUCAAGACAAGACAGUCGUAAAAAAUGAUGGUUCAGACAACAUUUUCAGUAGUCAUGAUGAAUAUUUAGGUGAUGUGUCAUUGAAUGGUUUCAACGUUUCUCAGCUCACAAAUAAAUUAGAACGUUUAGCUUUAGCUACUCCACAAGUAUCAAAGAUCAGACCUGAUAGUACAGUGUUUGAAGAAGAUUUCGAUCUAAAAGAACGUCCAGAUUCAGCUGAUUCAGAUAGCGGUAGGCCUGUAACAUCAAAUGACAGUUCUAUUUACAGGUCAUUUGUUACAGAUUCUGUUGAAAAUCAACAGUUGGAUAGUUUAGACUUUUCAUCGACUAUAUGCAACGAAGAUAUUAAUGACUCUGGUGGUAAUAUUGAAUCAAUACAUGAGCAUUUAACUUCAGUGAAUUUGGAUUUAGUUGGCUCUGAUUUUGAAGAUUCUUCGCAUAAUUUACAUUCUUUUUCAAAUAAAUCAUCAGAGGAAAUAUCACACCAAUUAAAUCCAGACUUUAACAAUUCAGUACAGACACAAAAUAUUUUGCUAAUGGAUGGUUUAGAAUCAGAAAAUAAAUUUCAGUCAAAUAUUUUUGAAAGUGAAAUCAAAAAUUCUAGUGAAGCAGGGCCUGUAAUAGCUGAAGGUUUCAGUUCAUCAGCUGGGUACAAUUUUGAUAAUCUAGAAGCUCUCGAAUCCGUGAGAUCGUUGAAUGAAGAAGAUAUUAGAAGGUUAACUAUUUCCAGAAAAUCUUUAUAUGUUGCGUUUGAUCCUAUAGUGAAAAAAUCAAACGAGGAGUCUAAUUCUCGGAAAGAAGCAGUUGAAAAUUCACUAGUUACAGAUAAAACAGUACUGACUAGUUCUCCACAAUCUAGUGGAUCAAAUAAAUCCCUGAAUAUUUCAGAUAACAAAAUGAAUCAAUCUAUUACCAAAGAUGAAAAAAUCAGUAACAGUCCCAAAACUAAUGAUAGAGAAAAAAUUUACCAAGAUAAAAUAGAAAAGUUGGAAUGUGAAAUCAAAAACCUAAGAAAUGAAUGUAUUGCUGACAAAGAAAAAAUUAAAAAUUUGACCAACUCGUUGAUAACAGUAACUAAAAGCAAAGAUCAAUUAAGUACUGUGAUUGGAGAAUAUGAAAAAACUAUUUCUGACAUGGUCUCUAAAAAAGAAGAUGUACAUAAAGAAUACGAAGCACGAAUUGCAUAUAUUGAAGAAGAAAGAGCAAAAAUGGAACGUCAUCUGCAAAAUUCAGAAAUGGCAUUCAAUGAUGUUCACGAAAAGUAUAAUUCUUCGAAGCAAGUAAUAGAAGCCAUGAAAGAAAAUGAAACAAAAUAUAAAAACUGUAUUAAAGAAUUUGAAGAAUCUCUUAAAAAAUACGAAGACAAAUACAUGAGGUUAAAAAUACACGCCACUGAACAAAUGAAUAAAGCCACCGAGGAAAUAAAUGAUAAGGAAAGAUCGUUUGAAGCAGAAACUUCAAAAAUGAGAAUAAUGAACAAACGCUUGGAGGUGAAAGUAAGAUCAUUACAAGAGUCUUUAGAUAGAAAAGAUGUGGAAAACGCUGAGCUAACCAACCUUUGCGAUGAACUCAUUGGAAAACUGGAUAGAAAAUAAAAUAUAUUAGUUGCAUGAAUAUGCAGUUUUUUUAGAUCUAUUUAUUAAUAUGUACACUUAUAAUAUUACUUGAAUUAUUAUUUACACUAUGUUAUGUUAAUGAAAGUAAAUAAAUUUAUACAUGAUAAAUGUAUAAAUAUAUAUAUAUAUAUAUAUAUAUAUAUAUAACUAUACAAGCAAAGCAUAGAUCCCAUACUAAACUAUUGAUUACAAUUAAUUAUAAUUUUACAUGUUAUGUACCUGUUAAAUGUAAAUUUCAAAUAUAUUAUUUAUUAUUAUUACAUCUUUUAACUUAUGAUUUUUGAGGUUGAAGAAUUUUCAAUUAUGUACAGAAUAAUUUGGGUGAUAAUAAUCUAUCUAUUUAAUUUGGAUUAGGAAAUGGAUUUUUUUUUUUUUAUAAGUAUUGUAUAAUACAUUUUUUUAAAUAUUAUUUUAUUGUAAUUUCUCUGUCAACAUUAUAAUUGUAUGGUUAUGUUGUAAAAAGGCGAUCAUUAUCAUUUAUAGUUUAGCUAUAAAAUAAGUAAAUGAUUAAAAUAACUAAGGAUGGUUUUAUGUUUGUUAUACCACUUAUAUCUAUCAUAUCCCAAGUAUCUGUAAUUCUCUACUUAUUUGAAUUGUUAUAAUUUUUAAACAUUUUGAAGAUGAGCUAUUUUAAUCGAUGAGUUUAUAUAAAAUCAAGUGUCUUGAAAUUAAAAAAUAUAAAUUUAUUUUUAAAUUUGUUAAACAUAACAUGCUUUCUAAUUUUUUUUAAAAUUAUUUAUAACUUGUACUAAUUUUGCUUACUCUAAGCGUUACUCUAAUUAUUAUAAUUUGUUUUUUUCUAAUUUUACUAUUACCUUAUUAUUUUUAACCAAUCUUAUUGUUAAACAUAUUUUUAACCCUUAUACUAUUCCAUCCUAAUAUAUGUAAUGAUUUUUGUUUUUGAAUGUAUUGCAGCAAUCUUAUGCCGUUGUAUUUUUUUUUUUAAGAAAUAAUACAAAACCAACGCACAUUUUAGUUGCAAUUGUUUAUUUUUUUUAACAUUGUACUAUGUAAAUAUAUGUAGUCAAAUAAAUGAUAACAUUUUAUUAUAAAUCAA